CUAAUUACCAAAACAUUGACAAUCCUUUAAUGAAUAAAAUACGCAUUACGGUUGACGAUGACUGCAUAAGUAAGUGCCAGUCCAGAUACAUUACGCCUGAAGUGUUCAUCUUUUGUGACAGAGCAGGGGUCAUCCAGGAUGAAAAUAAUUUACCGACGUGAUACCACAAAAAAUGUCAUUACAAAAAUACAAAAAUCAACCUGUCACCAGAAAGUGACACUCGACUGAUGUUCUCUACGGCACUGUCCAGCGUUGAUAUUAAUGACAAGUAUAGACUUGACAAAGAUUAUUGGUGACUUCAGAAUGAUGCCAGGCAUCUGGAUGAAAUCAGAAGGAAAACGAGGUUGAACAAGUGAACCAUCACAAAACGGCAAAUCAAGUCACACAGUGACUACACUGUAUAUAUUUUAAUAUUGUAAGUAAUUAUUCCUAACUCCUCCACUAACUCAAGCUCCCAGUCCUCUCCCCACUCUCAUAAGACUAAUCAGAUGUUUUUUUCCACUACUCUGAUGUUGACAUAUUAUCGUUAAAAGUACUGUACUGCUGAAAUAUGUGGCAAUUUAUCUCAAGUAUUGUUCUGUAAAAUUUAAAUAUAUUUAUGUAAUAAUAUUAGUAUUGUAAGGUGGCGAGAUCUAUCUAUGGUAGCUAACCACCAAACACAUUUAAAUAGUGAUUAAGUCUUUUCUUGCAGUUUUUACACUUUUAUAUACCAUGUAAUGUUCUGAGCUAAAUAAAAAUUGAUUUUUUUAACCAACGAGCCUUAGUUAGAUGUUUUUUAUAGCAGUAAUUUCUUUAAAUCUAUUAUCAAUACAAUAAGUUUUGCUAAUUUCCUUGGCAUAUCUGACAACUAAGUUUAAUUAAUAAAUAAAAUAGCACUUUCGAAUAAGUGCAGUAAGUCAGUAAGUGAGACCUACAACUGCUAGCGAAAACUAAUAAGUAAUAAGUUAGAGUGUUUUUAAAAUGAUUUUAUACUUGUAAAUGCAAUGUAUGUGUUUUUCUGCUGGAUAAAACUAUGUUUUUCAAACAAAAAAACCAACGAGUCUUACCAGUACUUCGAAAAAAUCAUGGGACACUCAAAAGAGACAGAAAAAUGUAAUAUAAUAUGUUAGAUAUUCGAUAGUAUACUUUAUCAUCUUUACCUCGAAUGCUCCGAUAAACCUGUAUUGACGAUACUGCAUGUCAUUAUUUAUAAUCUCAUUUAACAAAAUGGCGCAAAGCUCACAAGAUUUUAACCGCAGUGCCUUGACUAUUUCAAAUAAUCGGGCUUGUUAUACGGGUCAACGAACCACGAGAAUACCCCGAGGUUUGAUUAAAAUAGUGGGAAUAAAUUGUCAAAGUCUCGAUCUUUCUUAUAAUGAACUGACAUCAAUAUCUGCUUUAAAAGACUGCAAUAAUCUUCAGGAAUUAAUUUUAGACAACAAUAAAUUGUAUGAUUUAAAUACAUUGCCAUCAAUUAAUACAUUAACGACAAUUAGUUUAAAUAAUAAUAAGAUAGUUGAUAUAGACUUAGCGUUGGAGAAAAUAAGUAGUUGUUGUCCAAAUGUCAAAUACGUAAGUCUGUUGGGGAAUCCGGGUUACCCCGAUCAGCUCACGGAUCCUGUCAACAACGACGAGGCUGACUAUGAUCGUUACAGACUGUACGCAAUUCACGUUUUACCAGACUCUCUUCGCUUUCUCGAUUUUCGACCAGUCACACAAAUCGAGAGAAAAGAUGCAAGCAAUCGAGGUCGUUUUAUGCGGACUAUUAAACUAAAUAUGCCUCUAUCUUCACUUACUUCUACACCUUUUCUUCCACUUAAUAUUCCUUCUUCAUAUUCUUCGACUUGUUUGCCUGUUGCUAUUGCACCCACACCUCCUGGUACUUGUUCAUCUAUCACUCGUCAUUUCAAACCAACUACGUAUCAAGACGUUGUUUUGGAUCCUAAUUACUCACCAUUACCAACUACAACACGUAGUCCAAGUGAUCAUAAAGGUGCUUACGGAAAAUGUCGAUAUCGAUAUUCAGGAAAAAAUUCAGAAGGAAAUCGUUUUAUUAUAAAUAGUGAUUUAUAAUAAUUACAAAAAACAAAACUAUAUAUUUUUAUAAUCUUGUAAAAAAAUUGGAUUUAUUAUUUAGCCAGCUCUU